AUGGUUCUAAUGAACGGCAGCACUAAACGCGACGUUAUCGCGUCUUUAAAAAGACAGCAGGGAGAAAGAGUGGUGACGGCCAUGCGUAUCGAUCUUCGCUUCUUUCUGUGGGGCCCCUUCAUGUUCGCUUCUCAAGGGGCCCCCAGGCAGCAGCAGCCCGUUACCACCCCAAGCCAGUGCCCGCCUUCGGAUACCAAGGGGGCCCCAGGGGGCCCCUUAGCAGGUAUCGGUGGGCAUGGGUGGGGCUCGCAUGGGUCCCUUCAGGGACCGCAGAACCCUCCUGUUGCUGCUGCUUUAGAGGUGCUGCAGCAGGCACAAUCUUGGAGCGAGGCAGCUGAGGGCUGGGGGUCUGUGUCUGCCGCAGAAGCAGAAGGCUACUUGCAGGCCCUUUCCACUUUGGCAGAUGCAUGCGCUUGUGCUGCAACGCGAGAGACAGUGUUGCUGUCCGAGGGGCCCCCCUGGGGCCCCUCCGCAACCGGGGGACCUUCUAGGGGCCCCCCGCUGCUGCACCACCUCUUUCGCGUCUUUUGCUGCGUUUGCGGCCUCUGUCUAGCGGACGCAGGAUUGGAGUAUGGGGGACCCCCUUCUGCAUCAGGGGACGCUACAGGCGCCUCCCAGGGUAACUCUGCUGAUCUUUGGAUAAGCUGGGGUCCUCCCUUACUGGAGGCCCUUAAAGGCAGUACUUUCGCUGGAGAUACACUGCAGCGCGUGGCUAAGUUGCUGUACGUUCUGCUGAGCUGCUUGUGCCGUUCUCCACUGGCUGCUGCUGCUGCAUCGCUGCUGCAGACCGCCAUAGCACAACAAGCCUUUUGCUUCGUUGCGACCCUUGCUGCAGCCGCAGCAGAAGUUGAGGCUGUUAGAAUACCCCCAGUAGGAGCAACGGGAGCAGCAGCAGCAACAUCAACAGCAGCAACUCCCGCUGCACACUCCUCUGCUGCCGCAAGUCUGCCAUCUUCGGGAACGCCGAACAGCAGCAGCAGCAGCAACAACAGCAGCAACAAGGAGCCGGCCUUGCUGCUGCAUAUCUUGGGUGCUUAUGAGGGACUACUGUCUCUUCCAGGUGUUGCUGCAGCAGCAAGAGGGGGCCCCCUGAGGUGUCUCCACAAGUCGGUGCAGCGGGGUGCUGCACGCCUCUUAGGGAAGGCAGGUAGCCUUGGUGAUGCUGCUGUUGCUGUUGCCUCCUGGCUGAUAUACCAUCGUCUCUCCAGCAGCAGCAGCAGCAGCAGCGGAAGCAGCGGCAGCAGCAGCAGCAGCAGCGCUGGGGAGGGGUCGUUUAGUGCGUCCAACGUACGGCAUCUGCUGGCGCUGCUGAUUGCUGCAGUAAGGCAGCAGUUGCUGCAGCCUGUAGAGCAGCGGCUAUCUGCCUCCUGUCUCCGUGAGGCUUUGCAAGAGCCUUGCAUGCAGCUGAGGAUUAGCAGCUGCGCCCGAGAUGCUGCUCUUGCCUUUGCUGCAGUCUGUCUCCAAGCGCUGCAGGCCGCCGCCGCCGCCGCAGCAGCAGCAGCAGCAGAGACACAACCUACCCCAUCAACUGGAGCAGCAGCGACAGCAGCAGGGGAAGAAAAGGACAAGGGAAGAGAAGCAGCUGAACACGGGGGAGACGACGAACGGGCCCUUGCUGCAGCGCGUGCUGCUGCUGUUGCUGCUGCUGCUUCAAGGGCUACACCCAUUGCGGAGAUGCUGGCCCUGCUCUGCGUCUCCAAUUCCUCCAUAAGGGCCGCCGUUGCAUGCAGGCUCACCUGUCUCCCUCCGCAGCAGCAGGACACCCCCGCUGCUGCUGCUGCUGCUGCUGCUGGAGGAGCGGCGUACGGCACGGCCUCCAGCACUCCACUGGAAAGGCAAACCCCACAGCAGCAGCAGCAGCAGCAGCAGACCUCUCCACAGAGAGGCCGCAGCAGUGCCGCCCUCUCGGCUUUAAGUUUACCUGCUCUUUUAUAUUUUGCUGCUCAUGGCGAUGAAUUGGGGUGUACGUACACCUCGGCUUUCCUUGAGUGCUGCAUAAGGUGCCUAGACACCCGAAGUCUUGGGCAGUACUUGUCUACUCAACAGAGACAGGAGGCAGUCGCGGCCCUUGCUGCAAACGCAGGACUGCUCCCAGCAGCAGCUGCCGCUGCAGCACGGAACGGAAGGAGACAGCCGCUGGGUCUGCGGGGGGCGUCAAACUUGUGUCUCCUUGCUGCCUUGUGGGAAGGGACGGAGACACUUGGGGCAGUAAUUGAUUCUGUCUGCAUGCAGCCCCUUUCUGCUGCCGGGGAAGAAGCCGCGCAACGGGGUGAUACAGCACUGCUGCUGCAGCUGCUGCAUGCAUCGUUAGACUUGAGUGCAUGCAGCAAGGGGCAUAUGCCUCGUUCUUUAAGGCUGCUGCAGCAAACUGCUGCUGCUCUUGCUGCUGGGCCCCUUGGCGCCCCACAAACAGCAACAGAGGCGGAGGAGGCCUUCCUGCUGCUGCACAAGUGCUGCGAGCUGUGUCUCCCUGUCUCAUGGAGGGCAGUGCCUCCCUUAGGAUCGAGCACUUUUAGCAGCAACUACACAACAGCGGCAGCAGCAGCAGGAUCUGCUUCCGCUGGAUCUGCUGCACCAGCAACAACUGCAGCAGGAACACCUACUGCUGGUUCCGGUGCUGCUGUGGGGCUAACGAACGCGGGGGACACAGAGACAUCGUGGACCUGUCCGCUGGUCCGGCGACUCUGGGGCCUAAGCCAAAGUGGGGGUGUCUCUAAAGAGAGCAGCUGGCUGCUAAGCUGCCGCCCUCUUGCUGCUGCUCUUGUAGAGGAGACCCGCAACAGACAUACUGAGUUGCGGAGGCUGCAGCAGAAUCUGGAGGAGGCGAAGAACAACGCUGUACAGACGGCGCAACGCUUGGCAGUAACAAAAGAGGCGCACGAGAUGGAGUUGUCUCGAAUAAAAGAAGGGGCGGAGAGGCAGCAGCGCAUAAAUGCUGCUAAGCAGCAACAGCAAGCAGAGGAGACACUCAAAUUAAGAGAGGAGUUGGAGACAGAGCAACGGAGAGGAAGGGAGUUGGUGGCGGAGUUCCAGCGGCUUCUUGAUGCAAAAGAAAUGGCAAUUGCCAGCCUAAAGAGUAAUCUCGAAGAGGGGAGGAGCCUCCAAGGACCCGAUGUUUCUGAGGUGUCUAGGGACUUGCAGAUACAGACGGCGAUUAACGUUAAGCAGAAGGAAGAAAUAUCCAAACAAGAAGCAGCGAUGCGCGUGCUGCUGCAGAAGCAGCAGCAAACCGCCAGCAACCUCAGAGAGGAGUUUGGUCUGUCUGCAUCUCAGGAGGCGAAGGCACAGCUGCAAGUAAAUUAUGAGAAGCUCCAAGAUGAUAACGAGCAACAAUUCAGACAGCUUAUUUUAGUAAUGAAGGCACUGGCGGAACAACAAGCGGAAAAUGAAUCCCUUAAAGAGGCGCGCAUGCAUUCUGCAGCAAACCAGCAGCAGCAGCUGGAGCAGCAGCUGCAGCAGAUGCAGCAGCAGCUGCAACAGAUGGCCCGCGAGCAGGAGAGCAAUGCUCGGGGUGCUUCUUUGCGUCAAGUGUCUCUGGAGGAGCAGCUGCGGGCUUAUCAGAAGGAAAAUGAAUCAUUAAAGGCUAGCAACCGCAGCAAAGCGACCACCAUCGAACAACUCGAGCGGAGGCUACAAGCAGCAGAAGAAGCAGCAGCGGCAGCAAAAGCUGCGGCUGCUGCUAACAACGACGUCCUCAAUCGCAUGCAACAGGAGCUAAAAGAAAAGGAGAACAGGCUGGCAGUAAUCAGCGCCGCCUUGCGAGGGGGCCCUUGA